GUGAUUGGAGGCUUUUGGCUGUAUACACAUGUAGUCUACCCCACAGGCGAUAUUAAUGGCUGCAGAGCAUUGCUCCAUUCGCUGCAGAGCAUCCCGCCCGUGCAGCGUGUCAGGCCCGCAGCUGUCUCCGUCUCUCCGAUCACAGGGAUUAUGGCCGCCCAGAUCGCAGACCGUCUCAUCCAGGAGCUGGAGAUCCGCCGGCUGAGCGAUGAGAUCGGCCGCCUCCUGGACCUGGGGACCCAGGGCACCGUGCAGGAGAACCCGAGCCCGGAGCUGGAGCAGCUGAGGGCCGAGAACGAGAAGCUCAAGUACCGCAUAGCGCAUCUCCAGCGCAGCCUGCAGGAGGAGCAGGAAAGAGCGGGGCCUGACGGGGAGCAGGCCGGGGAGCAGACUGACGGGGAGCAGGCCGGGGAGCAGACCGACGGGGAGCAGGCCGGGGAGCAGACUGACGGGGAGGCCUGUCCGGACAAUGGCGAGAAAUCUUUGAAGCAACAAGCUGCUUCCCUGAACAAAAAGAAUGAAAAGAAGGCCAGCAAGGAAAGUGAGGGGCAGAAGCAGGAGGGAAGGACGAAAGAUAAAGUGAGACCAGACAGACAUCCCCACACACCACCAACAAGUGGACAGCCUGGAUCCUUCCAACUCAUCCACCAAAGAAAAUACGUGGAUACUAUGCAAAGACCUUGGAGAGUGAUCUUCCCACUUGAGGAAGAUUUAAAGGAGCCUGCUUCAACCAUUAUAUUAAAAAGGCUGGAAAAGAUAAGGGAACCUACCGAUCAGGAACAAGCCGUAGAGGACCAAAACUUACCCUUGUGGCUGGAAAAAUGUGAUGAAAGCAGGUUUAAGUCAUCAGCCGCCACGUGGACUGUCUUAUUCCAAGAUCCAUCCCCAGACACCUAUUUACUACUACUGAAGAGAGGGUUGCAGGGCAACGCUAAAGAACAGUCAAAAAGAAAGUUCCAUCCAGUAGGUCCUAUUACUAAGGAUCCAACCGAAAAGAAGAAAGGGAAAGUGGAAGCUCUUCCAUCCCCGGAAUUUAUCAAGGACAGACUUCAGCUCUAUGAAACUUUGAAAAGGGAACAUGAUGCUUUAAUAGCUGAACGAGCCACAAAACAAAGCAAACCUAUCAAAAUAAUCUUGCCGGAUGGAAAGGCAAUUGAUGGACAGUCCUGGAGAACAACCCCAUAUGAAGUAGCUGCUGGGAUAAGUCGUGGAUUGGCAGAUAACACUGUUAUAGCCAAGGUAAAUGCCGAACUGUGGGAUCUGGACCGACCACUAGAGGUAGACUGCACCUUAGAGCUGCUGACAUUUGACCAUGAAGAAGCUCAAGCUGUGUACUGGCACUCUAGUGCCCAUAUUCUUGGGGAGACCAUGGAGAAUUACUAUGGAGGCUGCUUGUGCUAUGGCCCACCUAUCGAAAAUGGCUUCUAUUAUGACAUGUAUUUAGAAGACAGAGGGGUGUCCAGCAAUGAGUUUCCUACCUUGGAGAACAUGUGUAAAACAAUCAUUAAGGAGAAACAGCCAUUCGAAAGGCUGGAAGUCAGAAAAGAGCUGCUCCUGGAAAUGUUUAAGUACAACAAAUUUAAAUGCCGGAUCUUAAAUGAAAAAGUUGAUACUCCAACCACUACAGUAUACAGGUGUGGUCCUCUCAUUGAUCUGUGUAGAGGUCCCCAUGUGAGGCACACUGGGAAAAUUAAAUCCUUUAAAAUCUACAAGAAUUCCUCUACCUAUUGGGAAGGGAAAGCGGACAUGGAAACACUGCAGAGAAUUUAUGGGAUUUCCUUUCCUGAUAACAAGCAAAUGAAGGAUUGGGAGAAAUUCCAGGAAGAAGCGAAAAACAGAGAUCAUAGAAAGAUUGGAAAGGAUCAAGAGCUGUUCUUCUUCCAUGAACUAAGCCCAGGGAGCUGCUUCUUCUUGCCUCGGGGAGCUCACAUCUAUAACACCCUUAUUGACUUUAUCAAGGAGGAAUACCAGUUGAGAAAUUUUACAGAGGUAGCAACACCUAAUAUCUAUAAUAGCAAGCUGUGGGAAGCAUCUGGCCACUGGCAGCAUUACAGUGAGAACAUGUUCUCCUUUGAGGUUGAGAAAGAAACCUUUGCACUUAAACCUAUGAACUGUCCUGGACAUUGUCUUAUGUUUAGUCAUCGUCCUCGCUCUUGGAGAGAAUUGCCCUUGCGCUUUGCAGACUUUGGUGUUUUACAUCGUAAUGAAUUAUCUGGGACAUUAAGCGGACUCACCAGAGUGAGGCGCUUUCAGCAAGAUGAUGCUCACAUUUUUUGUACUAUGGAACAGAUAGAAGAGGAGAUGAAGGGGUGCCUACAGUUCCUGCAGUCUGUAUAUGAGGUGUUUGGGUUUACUUUUCAACUCCACCUUUCCACCAGACCUGACAACUACCUUGGAGAAAUUGAGAUGUGGAGUCAAGCUGAAAAGCAACUGGAGAACAGUCUGAACAAUUUUGGAAAACCCUGGAAAUUGAACCCAGGAGAUGGUGCUUUCUAUGGCCCCAAGAUUGAUAUUCAAAUCAGAGAUGCCAUUGGAAGAUACCAUCAGUGUGCAACAAUACAGCUAGAUUUCCAGCUCCCUAUCCGGUUUAACUUGACAUAUGUAGGCAAAGAUGCGGAUGAUAAGAACCGACCAGUCAUCAUUCAUCGUGCCAUCUUAGGAUCGGUGGAACGGAUGAUAGCAAUUCUUUGUGAAAAUUAUGGAGGAAAGUGGCCAUUUUGGCUGUCACCUCGACAAGUCAUGGUAGUCCCUAUUGGACCAAGCUGUGAAGACUAUGCCCAACAGGUGUGCAAAGAAUUUUUUGAUGCAGAUUUUAUGACUGAUGUGGACUUGGAUCAUAGCUGCACAUUGAAUAAGAAGAUACGAAAUGCACAACUUUCUCAGUACAACUUUAUUUUCGUUGUUGGUGAGAAAGAGAAGGCAAACAAUGCAGUCAAUGUGCGGACACGAGACAACAAGGUCCACGGGGAAGUGUCCAUAGCCUUGGCCAUAGAAAAACUUACUAAACUAAAAAAGGUGCGCAGUCAAAAUGCAGAAGAGGAAUUCUGAAGAAAAAAAAUCUGCCAUUUCUAGAAAUGGGCAGCUAUUUUGUUGCCACUAUAGUUGAACACAAACUACUAAUAAAGAAAUCUUUGGUAAUUUAUUAACUAUGAAUGUAUGUCGUGUCGUGAAUAUUUAUU